UGAAACUGGUCUCUGUAGAGGAAAAACAGCACAGAAUGAAAACCAGCAGGCUGAGUGUUGUUUGUCAUUUCCUGGCAUUUCCUUCAGGAUCAGCACACCAAAUUAAAACCACAUUUACAGACUCAAGAGCUCCUCAUCUGCAUCUGAUCAACAAAAACACAUGAAGCAACGUUUUCAAGUUUGGAUGCCAAACCAAAUGAUCCAAAUUCUGACACCAAACGGACUCCAAAAGUCUUUUCUUAUCAUGUGAACUGACUUCAGAUCACAAGGCGAUGGCAGCAGAACGGCACAACAAAAUGCUUGCGGUUAAAGGAGAAGUGCUUGCAUUCCACUGCAAGAGUUUAAGCUCAAAAACUCGAGAUCAUCGCAAAGGCUCAGAGGUUUCUUUCUACAGUCUGUCCUUCGACCGAGACUCGCAAAGCUUCUUCGUUAGAGACCCUAACCCGUCCCUGAUUCACAAGGACAGCUCUGCUGAAAUGGACAUUGUUCAUUGUUGCUCCGCUUUGGAUGUUCAACAGAGACAAAAAGUGCCUUGUGUUUUACUGAGGCUGUGCAAGAAAAGGACGUCUGCAUUUAAAUACAAGCUUUACUCCAUAUGCACGUCCACAGAUGCAAAGCUUCAUGCUGAGUUUGUGUUGCCAUACGAGAUGAGAGAUAAUAUUUCAAUAGUGCACGGCCCUACGUUGAUUUGGAGUCAUGAAAACUCUGUUUUUUAUAUAUCGUCACAAACCGGUGGAGUGAAAGAAGUCCCAAUUCCCUUGAGAGUCAACUUUAUUGGCGAACUUCCUCUUCGGCAAAGACAAAUAGUGAUUCAAGGAGCCCAAAAUGUCUCAAGCGAUCAGUCUAAUGUGCAAAACAUACUGUAUUUCACAGAAGACGGAAGAAGCUUUAAUUCAGCAUGUCUUGUACCUGAUGCCUACAGCUCUGUGAUUCGGUGCAUGAUGGUUCUCUCAGCUGAAGAGGUCGACAGUUUGAGAUCGGUUGUUCUGGCGGCCACAAGCAUGAAACAGCUGGUUCUGUUUGAGAACGGACUUCCUCGGGAUGUUUGUCUUCUUCCGUAUGAGCAACCGCUGAAUAUUCAGAUAGUUCACACUGUGAAAAACGACUGUCUUAUUGUCGUAACCUUCAAUCAGGGGAACGUCUGCACUGUUUGGAAAGACACUUUCCAGGUGGCGUGCUGUUGGACAGGAGUGCGUCUGCUGCUCGUCGAUGACUUUGUGGGAUGCGGGACGGAUCAGAUGCUCUUAGUGUUUGAGAGUUCGUCUGAAGAGCCACUCAGCAGCUUCCUGCUCACCGAUCUGUGUGCCGUCACUUACUCUUGUGGCCGAUCAGACGGUGAGGAGCUGAACACUUCAGACGCAGCACAGGAGAAUCACCUUCUUACAGUUCAAGCAUUAGAGACCAGACUGCAGAGCGGCCUGAACGUCCUUGAAGACCUUCAGAGAGACGUGGAGGUCAAAGACAGACUCCUCCAGCAGUCAUUAAUGGCUUUAACUGAUCUGGUGUCAGGCAGAGAACAUGUCAUCUCCUCUCCACAACAGGAGGGGCUUGUGUCUCUGUGGGAUGAUGAUGACGAUGAUGCUGGAGAUGAAGAGGAUGAUGGGAUGCAGACUGAAUGUGCUGAAGCUGCUCUGAAGGUGCACAGAGUUUGGCAGAGAGUCAUCGGACAGAGUCUGAUCGUCGGUGUUGUUCUGACAACGACAAAUAACACGUCUGUCAUGAAUAUCAGUGCUUCAAUCGUGUUGGAUUCUCGUCAAACUGCUGCUGUAAUGAACACGAAGACUGUGAUCCUGCCGUAUCCUGCAUCAGACGCAGCUGUCGCUCACGGCCCGUCACCGAUGAAGAUCAGACGCUCCGAUUGUUCUGCUGACAGCGGCGGAUCAAGACUCGCCCUGGUCGCUGUGACCGACGCGGCUCCUUUAUUAACCUCGGGCUGCGUCAGAUGUCCCAUCAUGCUCCAUUACAGCACCAAACAAUCACCCGGAUCUCCUGCUGAAGAAAGUGCUCGGGUUUCUCAACACUGCGGGCAAAUCUCACUAAAUCUGAAAGAUAUUUCCAUGGGAAAGUUGCAUCCGCAACUGUUACGUGACUGCAAACUCAACACAGACGAGGCCAGAGAGGAUCUUCUCAGUCUGAUGGCGCUCAUGGACGUGUGGUUUUUCAUGGUGGAGUGUCCGGAUCACACGCUGGCGGAUGUGCAGGGCUGGUUGCAGGAGUCAAUGCGGUUUGAGCGGCUGGAGAUCGACCCGCGCUUCACCGCAGACCCGACAGGCGUCCGGCUGUUCCGUUGGGUGCAGAACUCACCGUUUAAGGGCGUCUUGAGCGUCUACUGCAGGGACGAGCUAAGUUUGCUGCGCUUCCUGCACUCGCUGUGUGACUUUCUGCCCGUGUCUCAUGACAUCCAGCCGCUGGAGAGGCCGAGGUCCUGCGCUGGAUCUCUGGCUCAGACUCUACAGACGGAGAUCCACACCGUGACGCAGGGCGUGUGUUCAGUGCUGCGCUCUGAUGAGGGAGUGAGGAGAGGAGAGGCGGAGUCACACGCCUCCUCACAGCCGCUCCAGACGCUCAGGGAGGAGUGGCUUAAAGAACGGGGGCGGUACAACGAGAGGCUCCGCCCACUGCUGGACUGCACACGCUACAGCAGACUGAUAGAGCGCAUGAUUCACACGCAGCUGGACGCAGAUGAAGCCGCACUGAUGGAAGCUCCUCGUCUGUAGCUGAUCUGAAUCCACGCUCGAUGAACGUUUCCAUGAGCUUCUGCUGGAGAUUGAGAGUCUGGUUUUGUCUUGAGAUUCUCCAGGGCUUCACGCCUCUAAUAGUUCAGUGACAUUUCCACAGGAAAGCCUUCAUCUGCCCUCACAGCCCUCACUUUGUCCUCCGCAGGGAAACACACACACACAUUCUCCAUCACCACCUGUCCGCUAUUUACCCAUUUAUGCGUUUACUGUUGAAAAUAAACACUUGGAUGCAAAAACCCUUGAAGACAAUUGUUUUUAUAAAUUUGAGGAUCCUUCAGCUGUAUUUCAGUCUUUCUGCUUUCUACCACUAUUUCACAAUAAUUGCUGUUUCUUUGUAAUUACCUGUGAAAUUUAAUAGCAAUUUAUGAGUGAAAAUUAUUUUAUUAUUAUUAUUAUUUAUUUAUUUAUUUACAGUAUAUAAAUAAUAAAAAAUAAA